AUGGGUAAAUUUAGAUUUCCAAUCAAGGUCAAACUUCCUUCGACGUAUUUGAAUGCCAGAGUGAUUAGAGACAAUUUCAAAAGACAGCAGGCUGCGGAAAAUGAAGUUACUACGCGAGCUUUGAAAUACAUUGCUAGAAACACGACUCUACCACCGCGUGCACGGUUAGAGGCGCAACUUCAACUCAGCGUUAUGCCAAAUUAUACAAGAAUGACACAGGUGAAAAACAGAUGCACUGAAACGGGACACUCUAGAUUUGUGCUGAGCGAUUUCCGGCUUUGCAGAACUCAGUUUAGGGAAAAAGCCAGAAGUGGUGAUCUCCCAGGUGUCAAGAAGGGUGUGUGGUAA